AUGCGACUUUUACACUAUAUAAAUAGCAACGAGCUUACCUUAACAAAGGACUUGGUCGGCGAUGACAAGAUCCCGCUAUACGCGAUACUCUCUUAUACCUGGGACGAGGGUCAAGAAGUAACCUUCAACGAUCUGAUGAAGAACAGCAGAGAGAAGAAGUUAGGAUACAACAAGAUCCACUUCUGCGCAUCACAGGCUAAGCGCGAUAGUCUGGACUACUUCUAG